CGUCUGUCUGCAGAAUCAUACUCAUCAUCUUAAACUGCUGUCCGAAUUACCAACUCCACAACUCUAAUUCUGAACUAAACAACUGAAUUUCUUCUUACAACAGCUUCCACCAUUAUUUCUCUCCUAAAUUUAAAAGGAAUCGGUUAUGUCACUCAAUUCUCGCCAUUCAAUAGACUCCUGCACCUACCAGCUUCAUUCCUGGAGACCGUUCCAUCUACAAACCCUAGACUCCGAUCCUCCAAAACCCUACUCCCCCACCGCCACGCGCCACUCCCAUACUCUCCCUAAACGCCCCUGUCUCUCCGACCGCACCACCUCAUUCCCCGUCGAUUCCAUCGACUUCUCCAAACUCUCCAUCAUCGAUGACGACAGGCCUAUUCCCCCCACCGCCAGCCCUUACAAUCGCAGCAGCUUCCGUCUCAUCGCUCGCAAACGCCGCCGCCGCGGGUCCAGGUCUGUAUCGGGUCGGAGCUCCGAUCGGAGUGGUACUCGACGGUGUUGCUCUGUUGGAGCGUCGGCUGCUCAUGGGACUUGCUCGGAUUUUCCUGUGGCGGUUGGGACGGAUUCUAGCGGCGAACUUUUCGGGAAUGGGGAUAGCAAUUGGGGAUCGGAUGCUAGUGAAGCGAAAAACUCGGUGAGGAAGGACAGGGAUAAGGAUAGAGAGGAUAAAGAGAAUUUGGGUGGUGGGUAUGUGCAGAUUGGUAGCUUUGAAAAUCAAGGGAAUGAGUCCGGGUAUGGGAGUGAACCCGGUUAUCGCGGGGAUGCGGAAUUUGGAUAUGAGGAUGAGAUUGAUGAAGAAGAAGACGAUGCUCGGUUGCUGUUUUGGGGUGAUCAAUUCGAAAUUGAAGGUCCAGAUGCUAAAAUGGAGAUGGUUGGUGAGAACACAUUCUCCGAUCAAAAGGCACAUCACAGAUGCCGCCGGAAGAAGCAUGAUAGUAGAAUGGUAGACUCACUGAGAUAGAUGUAUACAUAGAAUAAUUUGUUUUGCCGGAGCCCGAAACGCUAUGAGUCUUUGAUAGCGGUAAGUUGGUAACAAGUGAUAUGAUAUUUUUUCGGCCAUUCGUUUCUUUUGCUUCUGUACUCAAUCUUUGAGAGAUUGGUUCAACUUGUUGCUUCCACUUAGAUUGCAAUUCGUAGAUUCAAACGUGUUGUAUGUUGUAUAACAUAAUUGUUAAAUUGUUAAAAAUGUAUAAAGUAAAGGAAUUGUUUGUUUCA